CCCGCGCUCCCGCAGCUUCCAGAAGGGCCGGAGCCGCGGGGGGGCCGGCCCGGUGGCGCAGUCGGAAUUGCUGCGGCCGCGGGGCCCGGCCGGGGCGGGGCGGGCGGUGAUGCCCUUGUUUAUUUUUACCCGGGCGGUUCAUCCUCCUCGGCAGCCCCAGCGCGGCCCCCGCCGCCGCUCCCCGCCCCAGCUCCGACGGCGGCGCCGCCUAUAAAGCGCCGCCCGCGGGGAGCCGAGGAUGCAGCUCUACAGCUCCGUGAUCACCCACUACCCGGCGGCCGCCACCGCAGCAGCCGCCGCGGCCUCGCCGAGCUCCGCCGCCGUCUUCAAGGUCUCCUUGUCGCCGGGACCCUCCGCCGCGGAGGCACCGAGCGCCGCCGACGCCGCGGGCCCGAACGCGGCCGCCGAGAGCUCCGGCAAGGACAGCUUCGUUCCCGCGGGGGGCAGCAGCAGCGCCGCCGCCAUGCCCGCCUUCUCGUCCUGCCUGGAGGUGAUGCCGAGCGGCCCCGCGGCGGGCCCGGCCGGGCGGCCGGCGGGCGGCCCGCAGUUCAGCUCCUGCGCGCAGGUCACCGUCAGCCGCCGGCGGCUGCUGGAGCGGAUCGUGCCCAUCCGCAUCGUGCAGCGCGCCGAGGCCGCCGGAGAGCUGGUGCCGGGCUCGCCGCGCAGCCGCGCCUGGCUGGAGGGCAUCCUGGAGAGCGUGCGGCAGGCCGGGGGCGACGGCGAGGCAGCCGCCGAGGAGCCCAGCAACCGCAGCCUGCGGCUCAGCGAGCACUGCCAGGCGCUGCAGGCGGCGGCCGCCGGAGCCCAGCCCGGGCUGGUCCCCGGCUGCGGCCCUGCGGAGCGGAGCGGGGGCCCCGCGCAGCCCGGCGGCCCCGCCGCGCACGGUGAGGAGGAGGAGGCGGCGGCGGGGCCCGACGUGCGGCGGGGGCCCGGCGGCAGAGCGGAGCGCAGCGAGAAGCUGGCGCUGUACCUGGCCGAGGUGGAGAAGCAGGACAAGUAUCUGCGGCAGAAGGGCCGGUUCCGCUUCCACAUCAUCCCCGACGGGAACUGCCUGUACCGCGCCGUCUGCAAGGCGGUGUACGGGGACCAGCGGCUGCACGGCGAGCUCCGCGAGCAGACCGUGCACUACAUCGCCGACCACCUGGACCACUUCAACCCCAUCAUCGAGGGCGACGUGGGAGAGUUUCUCAUUGGCGCCGCCCAGGACGGGGCCUGGGCCGGCUACCCGGAGCUGCUGGCCAUGGGGCAGAUGCUGAACGUGAACAUCCACCUGACCACGGGCGGCCGGCCCGAGAGCCCCACCGUUUCCACCAUGGUUCACUACCUGGGGCCCGAGGACCCGACACGGCCCAGUAUCUGGCUGAGCUGGCUUAGCAAUGGGCACUACGAUGCUGUGCUCGACCGCGUGUGCCCCAACCCAGAGUACGAGGCGUGGUGCAGACAGACUCAGGUACAGCGCAGGAGGGAUGAGGAGCUGGCCAAGUCCAUGGCGGUGUCCUUGUCCAAGAUGUACAUAGAGCAGAAUGCCUGCUCAUGAGAGCGCCCGGGCCGGGAGCUUGGCUGCAGGGACUGACAGAGAGGUGUGCUGGCUGUGAUGGUGAUGCCUUAAUCCUUAAUGAAGCAGCAGCACCCCAGACGGAGAAAGACUGUAGGUUGCGGGGGAUAAAUACAGACGUAGUUGUAAUAUUCUGUUGUAAAAACUUAGCCUCGGGUUCUUUGCAAGCAGAUUUCUCUGUGUAUGUUUGUGUCUCCCCUCCUCACUGUCUAUUUUCUAUAAGAAUGUAUUUUUUGCACACUAUUUUUAAACUGUUACCUCCAUCUUCUACAUCUUACAUUAGUAUCUGGCUUUCAGCUGUACAGCCAAAAACGUUUGUAAACAGUUUUUGUAAAUAAGGCUUAUGAUCUAACAGCUAUUUUUUGCUGUGUUUUUUACCCAUAAACCUUAUAUUUUUACCAAAUGAAGUUGAUGUCAAACUGACCCCCCUAGUUGAUGAAAUAUUGUGGGUAUUUUCUUGCAAAAUUAAAAUAAUGGCUUUUGUAAAAGUGUGGCAAAGUGAGAAUAGACUGCUUUUAGGAACAGUUGCUUUCUCUGCCUGGAGCACAGAACAGGUCCUUUGAGCCAGUUGGAAUGCAGCUACACGUUAACAGAGCAGGGAGCAAUUGACUCUUCUGUUUUUAAUUACUGUUUUGAGUAAACUGGCCUCUUGUUGCCUGGUUGGCUCACUCUCCGCUCCAUUUAUAUUAUUUAUCUAUAAUAACAGAACAUUAACUUGCAAUAGAAUGUUGUGACUAGAUAAUAGUCUCCUGCUUUGGCAGUAAUUGCCUUGGCUGCACCUCAGUGUUUGUGUUCUUGUUUCUGGGGUUAUGCUGUCUUUCGUAUAAGCUCUGCUUCUUUUUUGGCGCUGGUGUUUCACCAACAAGUCAUUAUCUGAUCGCAACAUUUUAUUCACAUGACUUUAUUUUCUAAUCAAGAAAUCAGGAAUGGUAUUCGACAUUGUGGUUUAAAAGAAAAAAAAUACUUAAAUUGAGGUUUGUAUGGUUUGCUGGGUCAAACAUUUAAAUGUCUCCAAUCUGGAUUCUGUCUCUUCUACUUUCUGAUUAACUUGUUAGAUAUAUUUAUUAAGUAAUGCAGUUUGUACUUUUUUAUUUUGUAAUAUAUUGUGAUUUUGGAAUUUAUACUGUAUUUGUAUAAUAGGAAUAUUCACAGCUAAAAUGGAAUGAAUAAAGAAUAUA